AUGCUUAACGCACUGGCCAACAUUGGAGAAAUGAAGAUUGGACUGGAUGUGGAGCCUGAACUCCCCUCCAGGUCUGAGGACCCAAGAGGAUCCCCUGAAUCCAUAGACCCCGGUGACAAAAACAAGAAAUAUGACAAAUCCCAGCACCUGAAAAAAGUUUUUAAGGAAUAUGGAACUGUUGGGGUUUCAUUCCACAUUGGAAUUUCAUUAGUAUCUCUGGGAAUAUUCUACGUGGUUGUUUCAAGUGGUGUGGACAUGACUGCAGUUCUCUUCAAACUUGGAUUCAGUGAAGCAGUGCUGCAGUCCAAACUGGCUGCUGGUGCAAGCACAUUUGUGCUGGCCUACGCUAUUCACAAAUUGCUUGCUCCAGUUCGGAUCAGCAUUACCUUAAUUUCUGUACCAUUUAUUGUCCAGUAUUGCCGAAAAAUUGGCUACUUCAAGCCUCCAUCCCCAUGAUGCUAUCCUGAUGUUAGAAAUGCUUCAUACUCACAUAGCUUUUAAAAUUGCUGUGCUACUGCAAAAAACCUCUUUGGACCCAGGUUCAUACUGACCUGGGCUUGCAUUUUUGACUUUGUCUUUUCUGGAAAAAUGUUGACAUCCAUCUUUCAUCCCCUUCCUUACCUCUCCUUUGAGAACUCUGGUAAAAUGGUAUCUGGAAACUCCUGCUAAGAAUAAGCGCUUGACAAUGAACGAGCUGUCUAGAGCAGACUCGGAAUAUAUAUUUAAGUAUCCUUACAGCUCACCCUUUAGGCCUUAGUCUUCUCUUGGUGAAAUGCAGUUGCUACAGUUCACUAUUUAUAUAUAAUGUAUAUGAAGGACUAAAUGAAGAUUGAUUUUUUUUUUUCUUAUUGCUAUAAUUAUCAUCAUUUUUUCCCUCUCCUUUGCUAUUACCUGAAGGAGAUACUAAAUUACCAUGUCAGUUCCCCUUUUGAAAAAUAUAAAUAUAAGGAACCCAGUUUGUAUAUCUGGAACUUUUCUUAUUUUAAUAUAUUGACUCAUUCUAAAAAGACCAUUGACUUGUGCUGUACUCCCAUGUUUCUGAUCUGAGCAUGGACUCUGAGCAUCAGUUAAAUUUAUUGCCCUUGUUGAUUAACAAUUGGCCUUAAAGAAAUCUUUCCCUUUAUGCUAGAGCUCUAUAGACUCUGGGGAGAGGAGCCCUGAGUCCACUGAAGCCAUGGAACCACUAUUUGAUCCUGUAUGGGCAUCAUUCAGUGAAAGUCAUGGCAGAUUUGCACCCAUCCUGCCUUCUGCUUGACUUCAGACUGUAACUUUGUCUCUCUCAUCUUCCAGUGUCUAUUGAAAUUAGUGACAGACUUCCUUUGUGCUAGGCUCAGGCUCUGUAGGAAAUGACAUACACACAAGUGAAAAUUAGCAGUAGGUCCCAAAGAAAGAAACCUCAGAUACAUUUCCUAAGUCUAUGCAUUAAAAAUGUGGCUGCCUGCUGAAUGCAUCUGCUAGUCACUUGGUUCUUAUAUUAAACUUUCAUAAAUACUUGCUGUGGAAAUGCCCUUUAAUAUUUCAUUGGUCACUUCUAAUGAAUUCAUAAAAACUCAGUUUAACCAUUAAUAUUUUGAUUGUCCAUCUGGCUUACUGUUUACUGCUCUUAUAGGUCAAUGUGAUUCUGUACAAAAAUUACAAUGGCUAUAAGUUCAUCAAGCCACAAUUUCUAGAUCUCCAUGACAUCUAAUGCCAUAUUAACAACUUGAAUAGUAAAUAAAAAAUGUUUAGUUCAGAUCCUUAAAUUCCAAAGACUGAUCAAAUAGUGACAUUUCCACACUAGGAAGCAUUAUUGUGAAAUCGGUGGCAUUUGUCCCAAAUGAACAUUUAGGAGCAAUUUAGGCACCAAAUGUAGAACUUUUUUUCCUACUAAAUCUAAUAAUUGACUCCUUCCCCCACUCCCAAUUGCUUUAUCUGGAUGUUCUUUAGCAGUUUAGUAAAACCAGUGGCACCCCAUGCCCCAGUGAGAGAGCACUACAAAUUAAUAGUCUAUAAAUAUGUAUUUCUGUUUAUAAUGCAUUAGAAAUGCUGCUUAAAAAUCUUUUUCUGUAUGAUAAUGUUCCUAUCAUACAGCCAGACAGGACCCACAAACCCUAAGAAUGCAUUCUGAAUAAGCUGUUCUACCACAUAUACUUAGGGCACCUUGGGAGAGAGCAUGUAGUUGCAUUACUCUAGCAGUAAGGAAGGAACUAUAAUGUGAUGAUUGUAGUAUGGUACCUGCUUCUCCCUUAUCUGAUGCACGUGAAGUGUUGUUAUGCUCCUUGCUUGCUUGGCUGGUUCUUAGGGAUUGGAAGCCUGUACAACUGUGUGGAGUGGGGAGAAGCUGCCACUUGGUGCUAACUUUCUCUCCAUCAUAACCUCUGCUAUAAGCAACUUGUGAAUGGCCCUAAAGAAACACCUUGUAGCCAAGCACAGAUGUGUAAACUGGAGUAUAACUGGACAGUAGGGCUGUUGGUUGUAGGCGUGUUCCUCUAAGGACAUAGGCAGACAAGGUUCUUUGGGUAAAUGCGAUUUCUUUUAUUAGACCAACUAAAUAGUUGGAAAAAUUGUUCUUUGGAUAGUAGGCUAAUUUCAUCAUUAUCACAAGCAUUUUAAUUGUUUGGCAGCUUUUUAAGUUUUUACUUUGAUAUUGGGAGAGGUGGAAUUUAUAACCACUGCAGUUGUAGGGGUGACUGUACUUUGAGAGAAAUCCAGUAGUUAGUUCAAUUAAAAGAGAAACAAACCUUUUUUCGGCAUAAUUUUUAAGAAAAUUAUUCGUCUGGGUACUUGAUUGAGAGUCUUCCACACUCCUGCAUGUUAAGACAUACAGAUUAAGAUGGUCAUGAUGGACUGAACUGUUGCUUCUGAUUCAGUAUGUUGUGUAUUACCACUAAUAAGAAAUCAAGUGACAUUCAAGUCUAUCAAAGUUACUUCUUAUAAAAGCAGUCAUGAUUUAGUGGUUUCUUUAGAAAAACAGUAUCCAUCUGGAAAGUCACCAACAGAAAACAGACAUUGUAUGAUGAAAUUUUAAAUGUAGUUAUUUCUCCAAGUGAAAUUAAACUGUGUUCCCCUUUUUGCUCAGAAUGAAAUAAUGUUUACUUCAUAAUCAUAUACAAAGUAUAUUUUGGAUUAGCUUGACUAUAUGUUCAAAUAUGCAUCUUUACCUGUAAGCAUAACAAUAAUUAAAAUAAGCUUUUUCAUACCAAUUUUAGAAGAAAUAUAAUAAAUGGGUUGGGGGGUUU